AUGUCCGAUCGAGGUUCUGCGCCCCCCGAUCCUCCACAGACCGAAACACGAGAGCGCAAUGAAAGGCACUCCAAGCGAUUUCGAUUCAAAUCAAAGCGAGAUCCCCACGGAGACCCAGAGCAAGCCCGGAACAGUCGUAAACGGGAGGGAAGAGACGAAGAUUUCGCUCAGCGGCAUAGAAAACGACAUAAGUCAUCUCGCCAUCAUAAGGAUGAGCAGCGGACGUUCCAGCACUCUACGACUCGCCUCCCUCCAGAACAGGCGUUCAGAGAGUCCCUUUUUGAUGCCUUGGGUGAUGACGAGGGCGCAGCUUUCUGGGAAGGCGUCUACGGACAACCGAUCCAUACCUAUCCAGACACGUACCGGGACGAUGAAACUGGCGAACUUGAACAUAUGACUGACGAGGAAUACGCCCAAUUCGUACGCCGCAAGAUGUGGGAGAAAAGCUGGGAGGGCAUUGAGGCGGCCAAAGAGGAGAAGCGAAGAGAAAGAGAGAAAGAGAAGCAGGAGAGGCGAGCUGAAGAGGCCCGCAGAUCAACACGAGAGCAGAAAACUGAUGACCAUGAUAUUUUCGACGCCCACAUUGAAGCCAGCCUCAGGCGGGGCCAGAGGCGGAAAGACCGCAAGCGGUGGCAAGAACUAUGGCAAGAUUAUCUCAGACGUUGGGACGAGCUGCGACAGCUGGCCCAAGACCGGCUACAAAAGGAAGAGGACGACAAAGAGCAGUUGUUCCUACGCAAUAAAAUAGCAUGGCCCGUGGAAUCGGGCAGUCGUAAGGACAUUGAGCGGGGAGGAAUCGAGCGAUUCGUUCGCAAUGGUAUUGGCUACUCAGACUCGAAAGAGGACGAGUCUGUUGCAUUUGCCAAUGCCAUCAAAAUCGAAAGAGUUCGAUGGCAUCCGGACAAGAUUCAGCAGCGCUAUGGCAGCCUGGAGAUUGAUGAAGGUACACUGAAAGGCGUGACUGCCGUUUUCCAGAGCUUCGACACGAUUUGGAACGAUUUGCGUACGCGGGCGAAUCUAUAA